CGUUAUCAGCGAUACCACACGACAGAUUACGUUAUCAGCUCGAUGUGUGCAGAUAUGAAUGGCAAGGUAAAGGCGGCUUGUUGAAAUGCAACCACUUUAAGAAUUGGCAGUCACUAGGUUGACUGACCGUUACGUGAACUGUGAAUCCUCUAUCAAUAAAGCUCAAAUAAUAACAGUCGCACGAAUGUUUUUCAUAAUAAUCCACAUUCAGAUGAACCCUCUUAUUCUUCGAGGUAUAAAAUAUAGGUACGGUUCAAGACAAUAGUUUUAUACGAAUGUUGUUUUUCAAGUACGCUAGGACAUUUCCCUUUGAAACAAAGCCGAGUUUUACAUAACAAACGAUGUAUAGAAACAAUGAAUGAAAGCUGGCUGCCUUCCAAACUAUUUAAGCCGAUUAUAUUUAACUGUGUUUUCGGUGCAACUACAUACGUAUUAUAGCAAAGGUAUUAUUUCUGUCCCUACGACAUCGUUUCUUCUAGUGUUUUCUCCAUGGCCGAAUCCCCUAUAACAUUUUUGAACUAUAAUAGUAUAUUCAUACUAAAAUAAUGCUUAAAAGCGCACUUAUAUGCGGUGAUUCAUCACCAUCGUCAUCACAGCUCUUGUCUUUUCACUGCUGGGUUUAGGCCUUAACUUUUUCGUGUUCUACGUCUUUUUAUUUGGCAAUUACGGUGAUGUAAUAUUCCAAGAACAGCUAUAUCUGUUAUCAAUAUAGGUAGUUUCUGUGCUCGUGUUGAUCAAUCACUCCAAAUGCACAUAUCCCAUGAUAGUACUUUUACCGACUGACAUUUUCCUUUCUCCCGUACUCCUGUAUUUUUUUUCUCUUCAAAUUCUCGAAUAAAGGGCAGCGUAACAAUAGAGCCCAAUUCAGGGAAAUAAUCAAUACAGAUAAUACAAAAACCAUUGAAACGAAUAUUUUGGAAAACUCCCCGCGCUAGUCCAAAUUGUUAUGAUAAAUAAUGUAAUAUCCCUUUACGUAUUGUUAUUUAAAUACGUUUUUUAUAACAAGCUGUUAUAUGUUAUUUUCAUUGAAUGUUCGUUAAGCACUGAAUCAUUGACUCACAUUAUAAGCGAAUCAGUGACUCGUUAAAUUUGAUAUCAUUGUUAUUUAGUGUCCAAGUAUAAUGUUUUAAAAGAAGAUAGCGGUCAGGUCGUAUGUAGGGCAUCGGCGGCGCGCCACUCCACCUCACUGUACAGCUACGAUCUUGGCCUCAAAGCCUGACCGGUUACCUUCUUUGGAAGCAACCGGUUUAACAGACCAACUUCUUUUUAUAACAGUUUACUCUCUAACAUCGAUAUUUGCAUUGACGUACUUAUAAAACGCAUCACGUGAUCAGGCCUCUGAUGUAGUGUGAAUAAUCGGAGUUAUUGUUUUCUGAGAAUGUAAUUGAUGUGAGGGUUAUAAAUAAUAUUUGAGUUAUUAUCUACUUUCACGGAAUAUGGUGUGGUGAUAUCCUCCGUGGUUGCGCAUCCGCGUGACUCAGACUGAGCGGUGAGCGACAGUCAUGCAGGGCGACGCGCGACGAACUCUGAUUCACCGGCGACGAGCGCUGCUGAGCCGCUCGCUGCAGGCGGAGCGCGCCAUGCCGCCAUGCCGCCAUGCCUCGCCAUACUAUUAUGCACAUAUUGAUGUCGCAGGUAUACCUGAAACCAACAAGGAUUUAAGAGCAAUAGACGACGCUUACAGUGAUGACAAGUCAUUAGACGAAAGCGUUGAUGUUGAUCAUGCAAAGUUGAAUGGCUCGAAACACAAGGGUCCUUCAGCUGACUACAACAAAGAUGAAAUUGACAGUCAGCUUGCUAAAGAAGAGCGAACGAUUACGAGACCACUUCAAACUGGUGACACUUUUACUCCAAAGGAGUUGUUACCCAUUACAGUUAAACUAUUGAGCAAAGUUGACGAGAUUGGAGGCAAGUUAAUGAAGAUAAGAAAACACUCAAUUUUUUUCAGCCCAUUGUUUGUAAAGUUUCAUUGUUUUUUUUUGUUUCUAUAGACGGCAAAGGCAU